UCUAAGCUCAGCUGGGAGGCGGGACAAUUUCUUGGUUUGGAGAGGGUGGGACCUACCAGGGGAAGAGGCGGAGGUGAACCGUGGGAGUGAGGUACCGAGCCUAUCUAGUCUGGCCCCGGCGCCUCUGAUCUCAGAUUCUGGGUGCUGCGCGUGGAGUUCCAGGUUCCCAACGGAGGGGGCUGCGAGAUGGAGGAAGGCGGGAACUCGGGAGGCCUGAUUAAGAUGGUCCACCUACUGGUUUUGUCAGGUGCCUGGGGCAUGCAAAUGUGGGUGACCUUCGUCUCAGGCUUCCUGCUUUUCCGAGGCCUUCCCCGACAUACCUUUGGCCUAGUGCAAAGCAAACUCUUCCCUUUCUACUUUCACACGUCCAUGGGCUGUGCCUUCAUCAACCUCUGCAUCUUGGCUUCACAGUAUGCCUGGGCUCAGCUCACAUUCUGGGAGGCUAGCCAGCUCUGUCUGCUGUUCCUGAGCCUUAUGCUGGCCACUAUCAACGCCCGCUGGCUGGAGCCCCACACCACAGCUGCUAUGUGGGCCCUGCAGACUGUGGAGAAGGAGCGGGGCCUGGGCGGGGAGGUGGCAGGCAGCCACCAGGGCCCUGACCCCUACCGCCAGCUACAGGAGAAGGACCCCAAAUACAAUGCCCUUCGCCAGAAUUUCUUCCGCUAUCAUGGCAUGUCCUCCCUUUGCAAUCUAGGCUGUCUCCUUAGCAAUGGGAUCUGUCUUGUCAGUCUUGCCCUGAGCCUUAAGAGCCUCUAGCAUGGACCCUGAAUAUCAAUAAAUGCUUCUUUGGAAA